AUGGGCCAGCCAGCGUCGAAAGAAGCCCGCACCGAGCGGGCACGGUCAGAGGCUAUUGACCGCACUAUUCACGAGGACUCGAAGCGCUUCAAGAAGGAAUGCAAGAUUCUCCUCCUGGGAUCCGGAGAGUCUGGCAAGUCCACCAUCGUCAAACAGAUGAAGAUAAUUCACCAGAAGGGCUACGAUGCUCAGGAACGGGACGUCUAUCGGCCAACAAUAUACAAGAACGUGUUGGACAGUGCGGCCACGCUGGCAAGGGUUGUCAGACGAGUGGGUGUAGAGCGAAUAGCGAUGGAGGGUGAUGAAGUCAGACGUCUCGUGGGGGAGCUGCUCAGCGCGUUCCCGACAGUGACCCCGCUUGAUGGCUCUGGCUUGCCAAUGGGAGGUGAUGGCGAGACAGACAUCGACAUCUCCACCACAAGUGGGAGUUUGACGGAAACAUUAGGCACUCUCGACGACAGCGGUGUCGAGAUCGGGCUCGACCCUGUGCCAUUUACGCGAGACGGGAGAUAUCUUGCUGGAAUGCCGCUUGGCCGGAUACCCACCACGGAAUCCCCCUUUGCCGCCGAAGUCCUUGCCCAAACGCAUGCAGUGUUGACGCCGGCACUUGCUGAUGCGAUUUGGCACAUUUCGCGAUUGCCUGUCGUCGAAAAGAUGGUGGACGAUAACCCGGGCGACUUUUAUCUUAUGGACAGCGCCGGAUACUUCUUCAAUUCUAUUCAUCGAAUAGCCGCUCCCACAUAUGUGCCAAAUGAAGAAGACAUUCUUCGUGCCCGAGCGAAGACCACAGCAAUCACGGAGACGCGAUUUUUUAUGGGUGAUUUAUCGAUUCAUAUGUUCGACGUCGGUGGCCAACGAUCUGAGCGCAAGAAGUGGAUUCAUUGCUUCGAGAGUGUCACCAGUAUCAUCUUCUGUACCGCUCUCAGUGAGUAUGGCCAGGUUUUGGAGGAAGAGAGGCGAGUGAACCGCAUGCGCGAGUCCCUCUACCUGUUCGAGUCUAUAAUCAACUCGCGCUGGUUUCUGCGCACCAGCGUCAUCUUGUUCCUCAACAAGAUCGAUGUCUUCAAGCGCAAGCUGCCCAAGAUUCCGCUUGGGCGCUACUUCCCUGAAUACGCAGGCGGGAACGACCUGAAGAAGGCGGCGAAGUACAUCCUGUGGAAGUUCAUGCAGGAGAACCGCGCCAAGUUGACGGUGUACCCCCACGUCACCCAGGCGACGAACACGAAGAACAUCCGCCUCGUCUUCGCUGCUGUCAAAGAGACGAUACUGCAGAAUGCGUUGAAGGAUUCUGGGAUAUUGUAG